AUGGUGAGGGCCGAGGAUAUUAUCGACAUUGACGACAUCGACGAUUCAUGCUGCGAAGAAAUGAUUGUUACAAAUGUUGGAGGAAAGCAGACGGUAUGGAUCUUCCCAACAGGAUCAGAAGAGGACACAGAAGCGGCUCAUAUGAAAGUUGUUCGGCAUUCUCCAUCAUGCCUGGUGUCGUCGGUCUCAACGGGCUGGAAGGACAUGUUUGGAUUCAAGGACGAGGAAGUAGUUGGGCGCACACUCAGGAUCUGCCAAGGCCCGGAGACAGAUCUUUCAAAGAUCGACGCCCUUCUGGACCAGGUUGCGUCCAGCCAGUACCAAUCGAAGAGAGACGUCGUUAUUCUUUAUUCCAAGUGCGGCGACUCCGUUUGCGUGGAGCUGUUGGCAUCAUUCUUGGGUUGUGACCAAUACGGACAUCACGAGUUCCGCCUGGAAAUGCAGAGGAUUGAGGACGAGACGAGCUCUUCUUCUGACACUGACAUGGAAUGCGACUACGAGACGGAGGAGGAGACGUGGCAAGGAGAUCGAGCUUCAGAAAAGGAUCAUACAGCUCAUGAUGUAUCAAACCUCUAA